GAAGAGGAAGAUCAGGAAGCCAGGAAGUUGGGAGGGGGAAGCUCUGAAGGUGAGCCCGGGACACCACGCGCCGAGACACCACGAGUGCCGAGGCCUGAGCCAGGGAUGACGACGCCAUGCAGGCCUCAGGACCGUGAGGAAGGGCAAAGCCCGCGGGAGGGAGGCGGCCAGAGCAGCAGAGAUUAAGAAAGGCUGCGGAGGAAGGGUCAUGGCUAACAGUGAGCGUACUUUUAUUGCCAUCAAGCCAGAUGGGGUCCAGAGGGGCCUGGUUGGAGAGAUUGUUAAGCGCUUUGAACAAAAAGGAUUCCGACUUGUUGGCUUAAAAUUCAUGCAAGCUUCUGAAGAUCUUCUCAGAGAGCACUACAUUGACCUGAAGGAUCGCCCGUUCUAUGCAGGCUUGGUAAAGUACAUGCAUUCUGGGCCUGUGGUAGCCAUGGUCUGGGAGGGGCUGAAUGUGGUGAAGACAGGUCGAAUGAUGCUGGGAGAGACCAACCCAGCAGAUUCCAAACCAGGCACUAUCCGUGGGGACUUCUGUAUUCAAGUUGGCAGGAAUAUUAUUCAUGGCAGUGAUUCAGUGGAGAGUGCUGAGAAGGAGAUCGGCUUGUGGUUUCAUCCUGAUGAACUGGUUGAUUACAAGAGCUGUGCCCAGCAGUGGAUCUAUGAGUGAUAGAGGCGUGUUGAUCUUUCUUCAUUCCUACAGGCAGAGGCCUAGACUGUGGCUCUGCUUAUUUCCAAGGGCUUCCAUAUAGACUAUGGAGACAUCUGUGCUUGCUGUUAACUUUGGCUGCACAGUGUUACAUCCUUCUAAUGGUCCUAUUAAAAGGUUGUUGGAGCUAU